AUGGCGUUGGAUCAUACCCGCCCGGGGCCGUGCUGGUUGAGGGGCCACAAUUGGGAUGGCGUCUUCGAUCUUGCUGAUCACACGUUGGAGAGCUUUGCUUUGCGUCGCCGGGACGAUAUAUACCGCGAUACGUUUCCCUCUUUCUGGUUCCUUCCUGUGACCUGGGAUAUUUCUAAGCUACACGACAAACAUCAUAUGGAGGAGAAGAAGGCAUGGAAACGGGAGCGCCUACUUCCCGGAUCAGAGUGCUGGAAGCUGCCCAAGAGAGCCGUCAGGAACCCGAAACAUCCUGCUCAUCAUAAUAAUAUUACCCGCACCAACAGAUUUCGAGCUUUGCUAUCCGACGACGAUGAGGAUGUAUCUACCACUGUGGAACAAGAAGGUUUUGAUCAAUAG